AUGGUCGGUAGCGACGUUGAAGAUGAAUUGCACGAGGUGGCGCAAUUGGAUAAUGAUGUUGGGAGGGAUGUGCCGGGCUGGAUGUGUCGGGUUCUCGCGGUCGACCUCCUCAACCCUACGCCUCAGGCUGAGGCCCGCAAGCACAAGCUCAAGCAACUUGUGCCUGCUCCCCGCUCCUUCUUCAUGGACGUCAAGUGCCCUGGCUGCUUCACCAUCACCACCGUCUUCUCCCACGCCCAGACUGUCGUCGUCUGCGCCGGCUGCUCCACCGUUCUGUGCCAGCCCACUGGUGGUAAGGCCCGUCUCACCGAGGGCUGCUCUUUCCGCCGCAAGUAA